CUAAACGUGAAUUGGAUUUUCAGAACAUCUAUUCAGUAUUUUUACGAAAUAAUAUUAUUUUAUUUACUUAUUGCUUAGUUAAUAACUUAAAUAUCAUGCCAGAGUUACAUAUAACGGAUUCUAUAAUCACUCAACUGAAUGCACCAAGGUGUCCUAAAUAGUGCUAUAUUACUGGUGUUGCGUCAUUUUGGACUUUCGGACACAGUGUAACACAGCUAGAGCUAUGAAAUUAAGAAUCGACGAACCGUUUGAAUUUGCUCAAGAGCCAUGGCCGGACAACGUGAAGUUGUUCCAACCUUACGAGGUGGAGCAGAUCCUGCUGCCGGACAACGCCAGCUGUCUCGCUGUGCAGGCUUUCUUGAAGAUGUGCAACCUCCCCUUCGAGGUAGAAAUGCGUUGGAACGCGGAAUUCAUGUCUCCGUCGGGGCGGGUGCCGUUCAUCAAGUGCGGCGCGUUCGUGGUCUCCGAGCUGGAGCCCAUCGUCCAGUUCGCGGCCAACAAGGGCGUCACGCUGUGCGGCAAGCUCAGCACGGAGGAGAAGGCUGAGAUGAGGGCAUAUAUGAGCCUCAUUACUAAUGUGCUGGUUAAUGCUGAGCUGUACAUAUCGUGGGUGGACAACGAGACGUUCAACGCGGUGACUAAGGUGCGCAACUCGUCGGUCUACCCCUGGCCUCUGGGCUGGCUGCAGACCAGGGCUAAGAGGAACGCUGUCAUCAAACGGUUGAAGGCCCUGCAUUGGUAUGAUAAGACCUUGGACCAGGUUUUGGCUGAUGUGGAGCAAUGUUGUAACUCCUUGAGUCAAAGGCUCGGCGAUCGAGAUUACUUCUUUGGAAACACCCCCACAGAACUGGAUGCCCUAAUCUUCGGCCACGUAUUCACAAUCAUCACAACGCGUCUUCCUUGCCGCAAAUUAGCUGAAACCGUUCGGAAACACGAGUCGUUAGUAGCUCUCGCUAAGCGAGUAGACGAACAGUACUUUAAAAGACCAUAGCGUCAGGUUUUCAAGGACAUCUCGACCUCGUUCACUAGUCCUUGAAACCCCUGUCUUCUUUGUAGAAAAUCUUGAAAUAUAGAUGUUGUUUUUCUAGCAGUACUCAGCUUGAAUAUAGGUUUUUGCAAGUGAGUUGAUGUUACUCAUGAUUUAAAGUGCUCCGUUGCUGUAGUUUUUCUGCUGCAUAAAAUAUUUUUCUGUUACUGGUGUACUUAUAAGAAAAUGCUUCAGCACCAAGCAACAUUGUAUAAUUUCACAAAAUAAUGUAAAUAUUCAAAGUUCAAAAUGUAUUUGGAUGUCUGUAGUUGCUGUUGUGUGCCUAUAUUUAAAGAUGCGCUAAAGAAUUCAUUGCAAACCUUAAACACUGCCUAACGGUAGGUUGUAAUUGUUUAUAUAGUCACAAUAAUGCAUUUAAUUGCAUUGUUAAUGUAAAUAACUUGCAACUUAGCUGUUUUUGCGAAAUUUUCUCAAUAGUAUUUCUUUAGAUUCAAUUCAAGUACUUAUUUUCUGGAAAUGAAAUCUUUUCAAGGGGGUUUUUCUUGGACUUAUUUGUGAAUGUAUUUUAUAUUAUCUCCUUAGAUCAAAAUAAUACACAAUUGAGUUGUGAACUUUUUGACAUAACAGACUAAUAAUUUCGAGUCAUAGUAGUCAUCAAGAUUGUAGGAAAUUAUUCUAAGUAGUUCGAUUAAAAUUAGAAAAAUGAACAUCGUGUAGAUACCUUAUUUGUAUGUAUAGAAAACUGCACUUAAUUUUAUUUAGGUAAUAAUAGUUUUUAGCGAUAUUUCUUCAGAUUACGAAACAGGAAUAUCAGAAAAUCAAUGGCUUCCAGUAAUUAACAGAUAAUGAGAAAUAAUUUAUCAGUAUUUGUUAGGUUUCUUCAAUAAUACUUCCAAAGAUCCAUACAUACUUUCCAUUCAGUAAAUAAAUAAGUAAUUUUAAAUAGUCAUGCCCGCAGAAAAUGCUUUUGUAUGUCGCUAAAUAUAAAACAAUAGAAAAUCAAUUGUCUUGCGUAUAUUUGCGUUCUGACAUACAACGGGUUAAAUGUACCUAAAUAUUAUAUUUGUUUGCCGAUUAGAAUGAAUUUUAAUGUUUAAAUAGAUGUUCAUUAUGUACUAGCAGUACUUUAAUUAAUAAUAACAAUAGAUAAUUAUGUAUAUGUAAAAUAAGCGUGCAAAAAGUGGGAUACGAACUAGGAAUUAUGUAAGUAUUUUAAAUAAUAUUUAGAUAGCCUAAUCAUUAGGUAAAGUGCACAAAAACUUAUCUUGUAUAGAAAUAUUCACUUAAUUGUUUAGUCAAAGUAUAAUAAUUUAAUGUUAUAGUACUUAUUGUAAGAUGGUUUGUAUGUUUUAUAUACUUAUAAUAUGUUUCUUUGCAAAGUUACGAAAUCACAACUCGUUAUAAAUAAUGUUUCUGCUGGUAAUUUUGUUAAUCUGUAUUUUACUAUCAUGUAUUUUUAUAAAAUAUUUCUGUAGUAUAAUACCUAUUUGUAAUUAAAAUGUAAUAUUAUAUAUCCGACAUAUCGAAGUUACACAUAACACUGUCAUACAUACAAACGAGAAUUGGCGUAUUACGAAUUCCGGAAUGCCGUAGUCCGAAAAAACGGAACUGCGUUUUCCGCAAUGCGGAUUAUCGUAUUCACGUGCAGUUUUCGAGUUUUAUUAUAAUUAUUAUGGAUUAUUGUAGGUACUGGCUUUUAAUGAUUUCUUUGUUAUAAAUAUAAUCCAGUAUUGGGGACUAGAAAUUGAUUGAAAUGUGUGUAGUUAAAUGUAUUCAUGUGUACCUAUUGUUAAAAAUUACACGGCCUUUUUAGUACAUUGGUUAGGUAUGUCUAUAGUUUUAGAAUAUAAUUAGAUCUAAUAAGAUUAUGUGGCUUUUUUGCAAAAUACGAAACUUUUUACACUGGUUAUUUGUCGAUUACUUUAGUUACGAAAAGUCAAGAAAGGAUCCGUUUGCUUAUUAUAUAAUCUUUAUGGACAAAGCUGACCUCUUAAUUUUUUUGUACCUACACAAUAUUAUUGAACUUACUAAAAUAAUUUGUAUAACGUCUAUUGAAAAUCAUAGAAGACCACAGUAUAUUUUAACUCUUACCUUAGAUAUAUUUCCGAAAAUUGUUCAUUCAUCAAGAAAUUGAUAUUAUUUGUAUUUUAUAAUUACUUUAUAAUAAAUGUAUUUUACAGAGCAUUUAAAGUACACCUUUGUAUUAUAAUAAGCAUUUUUUUGUUUGUUUUUGAGUUGCGUUGUGUUAUGCAUAAUUGGUUAAUAAGGUUGACUAUAUUCAUUAAAUUGUUAAUUAUUAUUA